UACACACAGCGUUAAAAUCCCCAAAUUUGUCAACUUUGACAUUAGAAAUAAAAAGUGAUUUUUGGUUAUCUAAAGGAUUAUUUUUAUAAUUAGCAUUAGAAUAGAAUUCGAUGGCUGAUUCGGAUUUAGAAGAAUUAAGGAAGCAACGUUUGGCUCAGCUGCAAUCCCAGUACAAGGGAGACGCAGAAAAUGAAAAUUCGCAAAAAAGGAAGGAAGAACAAGCCAGGGCACAAGAGGACGCCAAAAAUUCCAUCCUUUCGCAAAUUUUAGACCAACCGGCAAGAGCUCGUUUAAACACUUUAAUGUUGGGGAAGCCAGACAAGGGCAAAUUGGUGGAGAAUAUGUUGAUACGAAUGGCACAGACGGGGCAGAUUUGUUCCAAAAUUGGGGAAACAGAACUUAUUACCUUACUCGAAAAUGUGAAUGCUCAAACCCAGCAGAAGAAACCAACUGUUAAGUUUGACAGAAGAAGGGCUGCAUUGGACUCGGAUGAAGACUUUUAGGUUUUAGAAACAUGUACGUUUAUUUUUAACUUUCAUUUAAUUUUUUCUUAAUUACACCUGUAAAAUUAUAUUAAUACGUAUAAAACAAUAAAAUAAUUUAAUCACAACAAA